AUGAUUAUUCCCCGUUUUCUACUUCGACGAACUCCGUCUCAGCUAUUUCGAGUGCUCUUCAAUGGUUUCAUGAUGGAUCUCUCCGUCAUCGAUGCCGCCGCUUCGUCGACUCCUUCCCUCUCCGAGGUCGAGGCUGGCGAAGAAGAUGAAGAAGGAGUUGCCGAUGAGAAUAAUGAUGUAGAUAAACAACUAAGAGUUUACAAUUUGGUUGAAGAAGAAGAAGAAGAAGAAGAAGAAGAAGAAGAAGAAGAAGAAGAAGAAGAAGAAGAAGAGUCCUCUGAGUCUGUAAAAAGAAGAAGCAAAACGGAGGAUCGUCAGUUAAAGAUUCUGAUGAAUAUUAUCCGAAGCCUGCCAAGGAUUAUUACUUGA